AUGAGCUCAUCUUCGGCUGCUCCCUCUGCCACGGCCACGCAGGCCAACGUGGCUGGAAACUUCAUAGGCAGCAAGCCGUCCACCGUGUUGUUCUUCAUCGCCCUCUGUGUCGGGGUGAUCAUUGCUGUACUCUUCAUCUUCUUCACCUUCAGAUACCUUGUCCGUUCCAGAUACGGUCUUUACAGUCCCGCUCCGCAGUUUGCCCGCAACCCGUUCUACAUGGGGCCCACCGGGCGCGCGUCCAUGAACGGACUCCAGCCGUACUUCGAACACGACAUGGCCUUCAACUUCGCAAACAACAGACCCCCAAACGCUUCCCGUUAUCACCCUUCUGAUAGGUACUCCCGAAAAAGAAAGCUGACUCAGGAGGAGGUCGACGACCUGUUCCCCAUCAAGACGUACGCCAAGUGGCUCAACGGCGGCCAGGAAGACGUUAUCAACAGAAACGAGGGCGUCCUGGUCUACGAAGAGGACACCACCAGGCAACAGCAGCAGUCCACCCCUUCGCCCGCACACCGCGACGAAAACAGUAUCAGCAGCGUCCACGAACUGCCGCAGGAAACUGAUCUGGCCGACCAGGGCAAGUUCGAGCAGAUCGAGCUCACCGAAACGGCCCCCGCUACCGCAUCCUCCGUGGAUCAGGACCAUCUCCACUUCACCUCCGGAGUGUGUGCGAUCUGUCUUGAUAACCUGCUGGACGACGACGAGGUGCGUGGUCUGAUCUGUGGCCAUGUGUUCCACGCCGAUUGCAUCGAUCCCUGGCUUGUCAACAGAAGAGGAUGCUGUCCGAUGUGCAAAAGAGACUAUUACAUGAGAGAUCGCAGUCGGCGUCGCCACGGCAACCACGGACAGGGCGAUCGCGACCUGGACAGUAUCUUCAACGACUCCGACUCGAUCUCCGACUUGUACUUCCCCAGAUCAACAAAAUAUAAGGCCCAGACGUUGCUGGCUUGCCUCCAACUGGUGAGGUCCGGACAGUACUCUUCGAACACCGAGAACCCUGUUGCCACCGCAUCAGAGGCUCCUCCCACCGCACCGCUUGAAGACACAACAAGAAUGUCCAACACAGACUUCUCCAGACCGCCAAUGCCAGACGUGCACGCGUUGCAAUCGUCGAUUCUCGAAAUUAUCAACGAGCGGCCGUUUUCGCCAGAAGAUCUGGACAACAUCGACGUCAAGGCGUUCGAGCAUGUCAACACGAAAUUCUCCUGGAUCAGAACUGUGUUCUGGCGUAUCAUGGGCAUCCACAAAGAAGAUCUCUACUACCAUUUUGUCCUUCAUUUUUACGAACUCAACAGGGAGCAAAGAUUGGCUCGUCAAAACGAACCUGCAGAACAAUCUAACGAUCAAAACGCACAUCCGCCGCAACAACAACAAACUCCCGAACAAAUGGUUUGA